CACAACGGAGAACAAAAGUCUCUUUCACACACUCUAGUCAUAUAUACUAUCUACCCUUUCUCUAACAUUUGGCAAUUGAGGAUUAAUAUACCUGCUGACUGUCUCUGGGGAGAACCACUAUUUCGAAGAUGAUGACAGAUGUCAUGGUUCGGAAGUUGUCCUUCCCUUUCACCUGCCCGCCAUGCCACACCCAGCCUGAUCAUCAACCAACCACAGAGCAGCAGUGUCACCAAGGCAACCAAGUACAGGAGCCAGAAGAUCCAAACCAUGAGAGUUUAGAGCUUGAAUAUAAAGGCACAAAAUCACCUCCCAAGGACAGAGAAUCACAAGCUCACAAGACACAGCCAGAACUACAGAGCACAGUGGAGGUCUCUGCAAAUCGCAGCCCAGACCCGGAGCCCACGGGGGAAAACGAGAGUACCAUUACAGCCUGUAUGACUACUGAGAAAGAGGGCGGGAAUGCACGUUCAGUGAAGAGGGGUCAGGCUAAGCCUCACGUCAGUCUUUCAGCACUGGAGGGGGUGUCGUCACAUAAGACUGUUUUUGAAAAAUGGGCGAGCCUCCAGUGCGAUGAGCAACGGCCCAGCACAAAGCGCCAGCUCUCUGCAGAGAGUGCUGCAAAGUGUGUGAGCGUCAGGAAGAGGAGCACCGUGAAGAGUGGCAAAGAGGAGCCAGCGAAGGCUCUCCCUCACUCUGCCCCUGGCACACGGCCAAGGAAAGCCUGUCUGCCCGCAAGCUCCUCCUCCCAGAGGAAGCCAAGAAGACAGCUGUUCAGCAGCACCGCGGUCUUCCACAGAGUGGACACACAUGCAAUUAACACAGGGAGAGAGCUGAAGGGACAGGGAGUGUUCUCAGCUCAGAGCAUUGCUCAUGCAAUCACACAGACAGCCAGAAAUGAGCUGGAGAAACUCAGAGCCAUAUGGGUCUGGCUCUGCCACAGUAUUGAGUAUGAUUUGGAGGGGUACCUGGGUGUUUCCCCAAAGCUCUGCACCCCUGAUGAAGUCAUCAAGGAGGGACGGGGGUUAUGCAGUGGAUUUUCCAGCAUCUGUCUAGAGAUGUGCAGGGAGGUCGGCAUUCAGUGUGAGGAGGUGAGUGGAUACAGUAAGGGCAUUGGGCACCGGCCUGGGUGCAGGCUGGCAGAGAAGCCCUCGGACCACAUGUGGAACGCUGUUUGGGUGAGAGGGCAGUGGGGGCUAUUGGACGCCUGCUGGGGAGCUGGUACUGUCGACAUGGAAACCAAAUCAUUCAUCAAGAGGUUUGAUGAGUUUUACUUCCUGACUGAGCCGGCGGAGUUUAUAAACUCUCACUUCCCUGAUGACCAGCACUGGCAGCUGCUGGAAACUCCACUCUCACCAGAGCAAUUUGAACUAAGACCGCUGAAAACUUCAGCAUUCUACACUCUGGGACUUACACUUCUACAACCCACACUAUACAAAAUAACUACAGACGACGGAGAGGCAACUGUGUCAAUGAGUUCAUCAAGAGCGUUGACCUUUGCCUAUGAGCUGAGGCAGCGGGACAUUCAGACAGGAGCUCCAGGGCAGAGAGAGGUCGACAGCUCCUGUGGCCGGCUGUCAGUGACCCCUCAGGGAAUGACUCUGCUCUUGCUACCACCGGAAGCAGCGUCCUACCAGCUGAAGCUGUUCGCCCGGCCGGAGGGUGACACCGAGGCGCUGCGCUGGGUCUGCUCCCUGGAGGUGGAAUGUCCCACUGUCCGACAGAGCCAGCCAAUGCCGGCUAACCCGUAUGUGAGCUGGGGGCUGGGGGGUGGUGCAGGGGCGCUGGGGGUGAAAGGCUGCAGCGUGCCAGGGGAAGAGGCGCUGGAGGUGGGAGACGGAGGGGAGGCUGAGGUGGUCUUCCACACCUCUAGGCCCCUGAUGAUGGUUUGUGAGCUCACCCACCCCGGGCUUGACCCUGUUCUGGCCAAGCGCUGCCAGGCAUUGCAAAUAGCAGAGGAGCGGCUGGUGUGCCAUGUUCUGUGCCUGUACAAAGGCUUUUACCGCCUCUCUGUGUUCGUGCGGGAUUACCACGAUGCCAGUGGACCCUUUCAGAAUGCUGGCAACUUCCUGCUGCACUGUAGGGGUCAGGGAGCGAAUUUGAACUCGCUGUACCCCCCUGACCUCGGCCCGUGGUGCGGCCCAGGAAUUCGCACCCAAGCGGCUGGCCUAUCCCACUUCAGCCACACAGGGGCAUUGGUAAACACACCUCAGGGGUGCUGUAAUAUCACCUUCCACCGCGCCUCACCGGAGAUGCAGAUACACGCGGUCCUCAGUACAGAACAGGCCCAAAAGGAUGAGGUGAACUCCAAGCAGGGCCCGAACGGUGAGCUGCUUGAGAAGACACCUUUCCCACUGUCUCGGCAUCUCCUGCUCACGUACUUGGACGUGAAGGUGACGGUGAGCGUGUGCGUGCCGCGGCCCGGGCUCUAUCGAUUAGGCCUGUACGGGCGCCAGCCCCCUCAGCAGGACUAUGCGCCAUUGUGCGACUACGUGGUGCGAAGCACGUGCGAAAGGCACGGUGUCCCCUUCCCGCAGGUGUACGCGGCAUGGGGAAGAGGCUGCGUGCUGCUGGAGCCACGCGGGGGUGUGCUGGCACCGCAGAGCUGCGCGCGCUUUCGCGUGCGCGUGCCAGGCGCACGCAGGGUCAGCGUGCUGGCACCAGAGCGGGCAGAGCUGACGAUGAACAAGAGCAGGGUGUGGGAGGGCGAGGCCUUCACAGGAGACGCCACGCAACUCAAACUGACCGCCGCCACCUCGGAGGCCUGCGACAUGGCCGUCCUCAUGACCUUUGAUGUACUCGACCUGGAGCGCGAACCAUGACAAAGGCAGUGUACAUUUGUGUGGAAGGCAGCUGGAUAGAACGCUUAAGCAGAGCUUAAUGGAACGUGCUAAAAAUGGAUAAAGAUAUGCUUAUCGUUUAUUGUUUCCAAGUGUUUAUUGUAAAAUGUUUUGACUUGGACUAGAUGUAUAUUGUGAAAUGGAAUUUCAGGUAUGGCAAAUCUUAAAUUUGGAAUCUUUUAAGUCAAGUAAACCUCUCUCUGUUUUGGCUGUG